AUGGGAAGGCAUUUUCCUGCUAACGUUAAAAAUUUUGUUUUUAUAGAUUGUUCAGAAGACUUUGUAGAUUGUUCAGAAGACUUUAUAGAUUGUUCAGAAGAGUUUAUGGAUUGUUCAGAAGACUUUAUAGAUUGUUCAGAAGAGUUUAUGGAUUGUUCAGAAGACUUUAUCGAUUGUUCAGGAGACUUUAUCGAUUGUUCAGCAGAAGUUAAACCAUCCUCUGUUGACAGUAUUGAAGAUAACCUCAAGAGAAUUAUGUCACUCCUGUCAGCUAUCAAUGCAGACGAUGGUUUAAAUCCCUACUUUUAUGCCAUGCCAUUGUCUUUGAAGAAAGGGUUAUUUGACGUUAAAAAAGAACUGAGAAAAUGGAUAAGUCAAUUCUUCUCCAACAACCCUUCCAAGGAGUUUACUCUGAGCAUGGAACUAGACAACGGAUCAAAUGAAGGAAUAUCUGUGCAUAUCAGGAUGAGACCUACUUAUUAUACAACAGAUCCGCAAGCAAUAAUUACCUUUGUAUAUGGAUGUCUCGGUGGAAGAACUGCUGUCAUCGGACAUCUAGGAAACAAGGAUCAAACUCUGGAUGAAUAUAAUUCUUUGGCUAAUUCUCUAUUGAGCCAAAUUGCAAAACUUGUGGAAUCUAACAGUCUAAUCAUAUCCAGGAUCAGAUUAUUCCAAGAAACCAGCAAAAAGAAACUCGUUUGGGAGCGACUUAUACCUACACAAAAACAGCAGAGCAGUUCUACUGGUUCCAAAGACGACUCCAGUAGUGAAGACGAAACACAUCUAAUAGUCAGUGCGCACGGCUUGGGUGGUAAGUAA